GAGAUGUUCAUUCCUUUCUACACUGGACAGCUCUAUCAGUUCAGGGUGUCGAGGCGGCCUCUUCAUGUGUGCCGUCAACAGUUUCACCUGCAGAGUCAAACUUAAGCUGUUCGGGGCCCUUGUAAGUCAGGACAUUGCCUUCUUUGAGACCACCAAGAGAGGUGACCUUACCUCCAGGCUGUCCACAGACACCAAUCUGAUGGCCCGGGCCGUUGCCCUGAAUGUCAAUGUUCUGCUACGAACAUUCAUCAAAACCUUGGGCAUGCUCUCCUUGAUGCUUAGCCUGUCCUGGAAGCUCACAUUGCUUAUGUUGAUGGAGACACCACUAACUGGGUUGCUUCAAAACAUAUAUGACACAUUCUACCAGAAACUGUCUAAGGAGGUGCAAGACUCUAUUGCACGAGCCAAUGAUGCUGCAGAAGAGGCUGUGUCAGGCAUCCGGACUGUCCGAGGAUUCAAAACAGAGAAGAGGGAGUCAUGGCUCUAUGAAAACCGACUGAUGGACACUCACAAAUUGAAAACUCAAAGGGAUACUGUUAGAGCAGUGUACCUGCUAGUCCGGAGGAUUGUAGAACUUGGCAUGAAGGUGGCAAUGCUAUACUAUGGCAGACUGAUUAUUCAGUCCGGACAGAUGAGCACGGGGAAUCUGGUGUCCUUCAUCCUGUACCAGUCUGACCUGGCUGAUAAUAUCAGAACUUUAAUUUACAUCUUUGGUGACAUGCUAAAUUGUGUGGGUGCAGCAGGUAAGGUCUUUGAGUACCUGGACAGGAUGCCAGAAAUAAGCACUGAAGGAACCAUGCAGUCUGAUUUUCUGAAGGGACACGUCCAGUUUCAGAAUCUCACAUUCUCCUACCCGACCCGCCAUGACCAGAAGGCACUGAAGGGCUUUUCUCUUGAACUGAAGCCGGGGCAGAUGACAGCUUUGGUGGGUGCCUCAGGUGGGGGCAAGUCCACCUGUGUGAGUCUGCUAGAGAGAUUUUACCAGGCCCAGGAGGGGGAGAUUCUCCUAGAUGGACAUCCACUGCAGAAUUAUGAGCACAAAUAUCUGCACAGAAAGAUUGCCAUGGUAGGCCAGGAGCCUGUGCUUUUCUCUGGUUCUGUGAAAGACAACAUCGCCUACGGGCUGGGAGAGUGUUCCCUACAGCGAAUACAGGAAGCGGCCCGCAAAGCCAAUGCCCAUGGCUUCAUCUCUCAGCUGGAGAAACAAUAUGACUCAGAUGUGGGAGAGAGGGGAGGUCUGCUGUCAGGCGGUCAGAAGCAGCGCAUUGCCAUUGCCAGGGCUCUGAUCAGAGAGCCACAGGUGCUCAUCCUGGAUGAGGUGACCAGCUGUCUGGACACAGAGAGUGAACAAAUGGUGCAAGAAACUUUGGCCUCCUGUCCCAACCAGACCCUGCUAGUGAUUGCUCAUAGACUGAAGACCAUCGAGAAAGCAAAUCAGAUUGUAGUGGUUGACAAUGGGACAGUAAUUGAGAAGGGCACUCAUAAAGAACUCAUGGAAAAACAGGGAACCUACUACAGGCUAAAAGAAAGACUCUUCACUGAAAGUUAAACAAUCUUAACAAAUCAGAUUCCUGUACGACUUUGUUGUUUUUCAGGCUGUAUAGAAGUUUGUAGGAAAUAGGCCAAUAUAUGUUUGGUGUCAUGUUUAAGUACCUUUUUAGUUUGCCCUGUCAUAUAACUGUAAGAAUAAUAGGUUAUUAUAGCCAAAUAAUUACAACUGGUUGUUUUCUGCAUGUGCAUGAGUUGUAAAUAAAGUUAUUUUCUUUUUCCAAAAUUGA